AAGAAAGUACCUUACCAGCUCCAUCUCUGAAGAAUAAUAUCCCAAGAUGGUCGUUUCGAAAUCAACAAACUCGAGAGACGAUAACAAACACUUGGGCGCAGAUGAAAAUCCGAAUGAAUUCAUCAACUCCAAAUGCUUUAAGCUAGCUUCCCAUUUCAAGACAAGGGACUUCAGAUUCGGACAGCUCUCGAGAAAAGAUGGCAACAAUUUCAAAUCACAGAGAGUAACACACAGGCGAGACACACAACCAAAUCGAGGCCGUGGUUCAAAUCUCACAUAUUCGUGGAUGAGCUUUAUAGUGCGGCUGGAUCGACUCAAGUACGUGUUGAAGGAAGGAUUAUUCGAGGAGGUCGAUAACGACAUGACUCAAGGAGAGACAAACGAUUUCUUGCGUGACAUCACUGAGCUCAAGAAGCGGGAGAGGAGUAGUGGUCUCAUGAAUGAUAGGAAGAGGAAGACGAGUAAUGAUGAUGAGCUCAUUGGUGCUGAGAAGGAGGAUUUGAAGCUUUUGGAAGAAGCUAAUUUCGAGGAUUUAUGCGACGAGGACAAGAUCCUUGUGUUCUGCAAGAAGCUGUUGCUUGAAUGGAAGCAGGAACUUGAGGCUAUGGAAAACACUGAGAGGAGAACUGCUAUAGGGAAACAGAUGCUAGCCACUUUUAACCAGUGUGCUAGGUAUCUAACUCCUCUCUUCCACUUAUGCCGGAACAAGUGUUUACCAGCUGACAUUCGUCAAGGUUUAAUGGUGAUGGUUAACUGCUGGAUAAAGCGAGAUUACCUCGAUGCAACGGCUCAAUUCAUCAAACUAGCCAUAGGGAACGCACCAUGGCCCAUCGGUGUGACUAUGGUUGGUAUUCACGAACGUUCUGCCCGAGAGAAGAUUUCUACUAGCAGUAGUGUUGCUCACAUCAUGAAUAACGAAACCACUCGCAAGUAUCUUCAGUCAGUUAAAAGAUUGAUGACAUUUUGUCAACGACGUUAUUCAGCUUUGCCUUCUAAAUCCAUUGAGUUCAAUAGCUUAGCCAACGGAAGCAAUUUACAUUCGUUGCUCGCUGAAGAGAGAUUCUUUGCUGCUGAUCGCGAACGAGUCUCCGAGGAGAGACUCUGGCUCAUGCCUUCUCUGAACGAAAUCUAG